GGAGAGGGAGAGAGAAUGCAGUUCAGCAAACUGGCAGUGCAGGAGAAGAGGGGAAUUGUGGAGCUUGUACGAAACCUGAGUUGGCUUUAAGAAUCUCCAAGCAAAAAUGCUGGAUGGCUGAUCAUUUUCAGCAAUGGCCAUGAAUUCACAAUGCGUCCCAUUCUGACUCUUUUCAUCUUUGCGGUUUUCCUCUCCAUCCUAUUCUACACCUCAAGACUAUCGGAUGAAAACAUCCCAAGGGGAUUCAACCAGUCGGCCACCUCGUUCUUAGCAGAAACUUGCAAAGCUAUUACUGAAGGAAAAAGCACUUCUCACCCCCGAAAGAUGCUGAAGACAUCCUUUGGGGAACCCAACUGCAGUGACUACGUGACCCAAAGCCACUACAUUACCAGACCCCUCUCUGCAGAAGAAGCUGCCUUUCCUUUAGCCUACGUGAUAACCCUGCACAAAGAGUUUGAUACUUUUGAGAGGCUCUUUAGGGCCAUAUAUAUGCCCCAAAAUGUCUACUGUGUCCACGUGGACAAGAAGGCCACCCGUGCGUUUAAGAGAAAGGUGGAGCAAUUGCUAGGCUGUUUCCCCAAUGCUUUCCUUGCUUCAAAAUUGGAGCUGGUGGUUUACGCUGGGGUAUCGAGGCUCCAGGCUGAUCUGAACUGCAUGAAGGAUCUUGUAAAAUCCAAAGUGCCCUGGAAAUACCUUCUCAACGCUUGUGGGCAAGAUUUCCCCUUGAGAACCAACAAGGAGAUAGUUCGGUACCUGAAAGGGUUCAAAGGGCAGAACAUCACUCCGGGGGUGUUGCCUCCACAUCAUAUUCUCAAGAGGACAAAAUACAUCUACCGAGAACAGGUUUACAGCAUCUUUUCCUUCAUGCUGGGGACUUUUCUGCGGAAAUCGCCACCUCCGCACAACCUGACCAUCUAUUUCGGCACUGCUUACAUUGCACUUUCAAGGGAAUUUGCAGACUUCAUCCUCAACGACCGGAGGUCUCUUGAUCUCCUUGAAUGGUCUAAAGAUACCUACAGUCCAGAUGAACAUUUCUGGGUGACACUCAACAGGCUGCCAGGUAUGCUCCUUUUCCUUCAAAAAGUUGUUCUGUUGUUGAUAAUAACGGUGGUAAUAAUAAUAGUGUUACAAACAUCAGGUGCCCACCCCUCUGCCAAGCGAUGCAUCUACCACCACUACUCUGUUGACAAAAUAACUUACUCUCCCUUCACCAAAUACCUGAAAGGGGCUAGGCCUGCUCAAGGCCUUUUCUGCUGGUCACUCUGCUCCAUGACUGGCUCCCGGAUGUAA